UGGCCCUGCCACUAUGGAGUCUUUUGUAAAGGGCCGUUUAAUCUCUCUGCCGGCCUGAGGUGGGGAUUGAUCAGAGCUGGGCUUCCAGACUCAGACAGGGGAUCACCAGGUCCCUUUCUGCUCCCAGGCUCUAGGUGGCUGCCUUGGCCACCUAACAGAUUUCUCUCUGCAUUUCCUUAUCUGCCGUCAAGCUCUUUGUUGAAUGGAUGUCACAUAAACAUCUGGAUGCCAGUGGAAAACACAAAAAAAUAAAUUUGUGAAGAAUUCCGGUCCAAUUUAAUUUUGCGAUGAAGUGUCUCUUAAGAGAUAAUUUGGUAGCUUUUCAACAUAUUCUGAUUUUGGUUUAUCUUUUCUUUUUCCACCUCUCAGUUAGCUGAAAUAUUUGCCAUUCUGUGUUACAGGCCAUGUAUGUCACUCCCAUGAUGUUGUGUAGACUUCUACCAAGUGUUAGCCACUCCUGGGUGCAUCGAAGGUGGCUGAGAAAAUUUGACAUGACCCCAAGAAUGCUGGCUUUACACUGGCAGAAAGUAUUCGAAGCUCACAAGAUCCCCGAGGCACGCGAAUCCAGUGAGAUUCUCAUUUCACAUGCGUUGGGAGCCAAGACAUUUCACAGUAUUCCUCCUUCCGUGUCACGGUGUCCUGUCUCUGCCGAUCAACUGGAACAUGUAGAGAGCAUGGGACAACAGCGUUUGCAAAGGGUCCCAGUCCAGUAUAUUAUUAAGGAGUGGGAUUUUUUGGAUAUGACUUUACAGAUGAGGCCACCAGUAUUUAUCCCACGACCUGAGACAGAGGAACUGGUGGGCCUAGUACUUGCUGACAGCCAGGGACUGCUGUCUUCCACAGAACCCCGAAUUCUUGAAGUGGGGUGCGGUUCAGGGGCUGUAUCUUUGGCCUUACAACGGAGUCUGCCACAGGCUUGUGUUGUGGCAAUAGAUAAAACAGAAGAGGCUGUGAAUCUCACGCGGAAUAAUGCAGAAAGAUAUGGACUCCAGAACAAAAUCCAAGUAUUGCAGCAUGAUAUCUUGUUCGAUCCCCCAGAACGUCUUCUGACAUGGGGUCCAAUAGAUGUCAUAGUCAGCAACCCACCUUAUAUAUUCACUGCUGAUAUGUCAAUGCUGGAUCCAGAGAUCUCCAGGUACGAAGAUCACAAUGCAUUGGAUGGAGGACAUGAUGGAAUGGAUGUUAUUAAGGGGAUCCUGCAUCUUGCAACAUGCCUCCUGAAGCAUAAUGGGGAUGUGUUUCUCGAAGGAGAUCCCCGUCAUCCUCAUAUGAUUUCCCAUUGGCUGAAAACCACUCACAGUGUUCAGCUGAGGCUAAUCAGCAUUUUCCAAGACUUUUGUAAAAAGCCAAGGUUUGUACACCUGCGUAAAAGUUGAAGCUGCAACCACAUCCUGUGACCUCAAAG